CCGCUUCUGAUUGGUUGAUCAAUAAAAGAGCGGGACCGACCGUGAUUGGUCCGCUUUAAAUGAAAGAGCCGUCGUGUCCGGCUUCAUUUCAGAGACUGCACGCCGAUGGUGUGCAUGUGUUGUGUUGGUACUUUGUGUUACACUAGCUAUGUCUUCUAGACAGCAGAUGAAAGAGCAAUCUCCGUUUCCAGCGUCCACACCAGAAGAGAAGUCGUUCGGCAGUGAUUAUUCGCCAACAAAAAAGCAAGAAACCGAAGAGAAGAAAAGCCGACAAACUGAUUGUCUUGAGCUGGAGGAUACAGGUAACAGUUUGAGUUGUGCAGUGAAACAGCCGCCAGGGCAAGACAAAGACCGCAGCCAAACGUUUGAAAGUCAGGAAAGUGGCACGAGCAUUGCAUCUCCGGCUUUCUCCGAUGAGAGAGCAAGAGCAGGAGCAAGCCAGUCCGAAGAAGAACCGUUGGACGUGUCCUACACCGGCCAUAUUCCUGUUCGUAAACUCAAAAAGCAGUCUGUCUCCGAGCAAACGGAAUACAGUAGUACGGAAACACGCAAAAAAGAAACAUGUGAACAAGAAGCUGAAUUACUUCGCAGUCUUCGUCUAGAACAUCUCUCUCUAAGUAUCGCCGCAACGAGUCCAUCCUCCGAAGAAACGCAAUGCUCAGACAAGAAAACUAAGAAACAGAAGAGAAAGAAAGAGAAACCCGGAGCGUGGCUAAAGAGCGGCCACCAUCAUGUAGGAGUAUUCAGCAUAAGGCAAGACUUAUUUCAAAAGUCAUCUGCAGCGUUGGUGAUGCUAGACAUUGCGGAGGAAGGAGAGUCUAGACGAGAUGACUUGCAGCGAGUAGCCACGACGCUUUGUCGAGCGUCGACACGCAGACCGGACACGAGCCACUUAUUUGAUGUGCUAGCCUAUUUCUCUUGGCUGCUCACCAACACGGAUAUGUCUCGGCGCGACUUCGCGGCUGCGCACACGGUGGGGCGGAUAUCGCGUUGUCUCGGCAACCUGGCGCGCAUACUGGAACCCGCUCACAUAUUGAUGAAGAUGAAUGCGUUGCUACAGGAAGGAGUGUCCGAUUCGAAAGAGAUGUGUGAUCGUAUACAAAGCGACUGUCCUGAAAGAUUCGACGAGGUCGAGCACUUUUUCACGGCGAUCUCCGAAUUUUCAAUCAAGAAGAACGCCAGAGUAAAAGAUUCGCGAUUACAAGAAGAAAAGAAGACGAGCGCAAGAAAAUAUUCGCACGACAUUAUCGACGUUUAGUGUGGCUAGCAUUUACAACUCGCGCGCCUAGUUGUGAAUGCAUGUCGCAAGAAAUUGCGUAUGUUACUGAUACUUGUUGGUCAAUAGAUUGAUGAGCGA